UGCUCCCAAUACUUCUGUUAGUCUUAAAGGUGCCACAGGACCCUCUGUUGCUUGGUGCAAGGAUUGUCUUCCUUGUUAUUUCUCUGUAACAGCGCCUUUCACAAUGGGGCCCUAGUUUUUCAUUGUGGUUUCUAGAUGCUACCAUGAUAUAAAUAAAUGAUGAAUAGGUGGUUGAACUAGAGAGCAAUAAGUUUUACCCUUUAGCUCUCGGACCAUAGUUGACCCUCUCUUCACCACCUUUAAAAUAUGUUUGCUUUUGUGGAGGCCCCCUGCUAUAUGUGUUUGGCCAUUACUGUUAUGUUAUGUGAGGGCUUGGCCCAGUUUUUCUGUUUACUAUUUUAAGCAAUGACUUACUUUACUAUGACAAAUUGUUUCACGCCACAGUUACAAGAGCCUAUGCUGCAGCAAUUAGCUAACAAUUUCUAUUCCCAGACCUAAAGGGGAGAUUAUCUUUGGUCUGGAGAGCUGUUUUUUUCCUUCUAGGCCAGAAUAGAGUAGAACUAGCUGUGCUGAGUUCAUGGGAGAUACUUGUGCUUAAACAAAAAAAUGUUGUGGUAAGAUAAGGGGCUAUAUAAAGUUAAACAAAAACAGCCUUACUCAUUGCAGCUCCAUUCAAACCACAGAGAGCUACGCAGGGGGAUUGGGCCAAAUCCUCAGGAAGUAUAAUGAGCAUGAUUUUAUUAUUUGGCCUAUUGUCUAUUACAUGAAGAAAAACAAAAUAUUGAUCUUACAAACAAUAAAGACUAAAUACAUCCGUUUGAAAAAUAAGAUGGCAGUGAUUGUUUUUUAUGAAAAAAAAUAAAACAUGAUUAGCAAGUCACCUUAGCAAAACAGCAUGCCAGAAGAAGGGAGAUCUGCCUUUCACCUAAUCUAGAGACAGCCAGAUUGUGACUAAUUGGCACUGACCCAUGUUGGGAGUGGUAUGAAGUCACUGUCUGUCACUUUCUGUGCCAUGUAGGGACAAUCCACAUGCUACACUGUGGUGUAACAUACCACCCUUUCUGUACCCUGCCAGCUCCACUGACCAGUACAUUGGUGUUGGAGGUCAUGGCUGUGCCUCCUCACUGUCCCCUUUGUGGUACCUUCACAGUUGCCAACUUUCACGGGGUAAAAAAAGCACGCUGAUGUUCACAAUAAACCAAAAAUAAAGCUAAUCCCAUUUCAAAACAAGGCCAAAACAAGCCAAUCCCUAAGAACCCCAAUACUCUAGGUGACUAGAUCCAGACUGCGUCCAGAAAGGACUGGGUAGGCCUGCUGUGCACCCCUAACUCUCUCUCCCCUCCUUGCCCCUGCUUGCCAGGAGCCAAUCAGAAAAAAAAAAGAAGCAGCAACAAGCUGCAAGCCAAACAAGCAAAAAGCUACAAGCCAAAAACUAGCCAACAAGCAACUCACAAGCCAAUUCAGCCGAAAACAAGCCCAAUUCCUGCAUUUUUUUCACGGGUUUGGAAUGUCUGGGUACCUUGUGCCCUGGGUUUGCUAGGAGAAAAUAGACCUUGUGCUCCCCCAAGUGCACAGACUGUAAUUGUGCCCAGUCCUUGUGGAUAGGAUGUAAGGGGGAAGAGAAUGCCUCUCCAGACCCUGUGCACCUGUACAAUGGCCAUGAAAAAUCUGUCCCUUAUUAUAACCGAUUGUAUGACUUAAUAAUAAGGUUUUUGUAUCUAAUCUAGUCAAAAUGAUAGUUUGGUUUUUCGAUUAGCCAAUGGAAGUGCUGAUAAUGCAAAGAGGAAAGUUUUGGAUUUCAGUAGAAAUGGAAUGAUGCCUUCUCUCUGGCCUCCAGUAACAACUUCCUGGGCUCAGAAUUGGCAGGGAUUUUAGUAACGUUUGAUUGUGAUGUGUUUGGCAGCCAGCAAGACCAUCCUUGUGACUCUUUGGGCAAGAUUGCAAAGGUCCCCCGCCUUUAUUUACGUGAGAUGAGCAAUUACCCAUAUGAGUAGGGUACUCACAAACUAACUUUUUGUAUAUUGCCAAUCUCUUUUGUUAUGGGGUUACUUAAGCCCAGAGUGAAAAAUGAAAAAAUUCAAUUACUACCCUCCAUUGGUUGAGGCCUACCACUUUGGGGUUCUAGUCCUUGACUAGGGCUUCUAGGCCCUAUGAUGAGAAUAUUAAUAAAGUUUUGAUAUGGAAAAGUUAAUCUAUUUGUUUUUUAAAUAAAAUAUGACAUUUCUAUAAAAGCAAGGCAUACUUUUCUGGACUAUACAGUAACCUAUCCCUGGAGACACAGAUAAGAAGAUUGAAAAAAUCAAGAAAAAUAAGGGACAACAAAGAUGCCUGAAAGGUUUAAUAGGAAGGGUGCACCAGCUAAACCAGAAACCUCUCCACAAUAGGAAAAGGAAGCAGCAUUCAAUGCCUUUUAACCUGACACACUGCAUAGCAACUUCAAUAGUGCAGGUGGCCAGUCAUGCCCAUUGCAAAGGAUAACCAGCAGAAUACUGUCCUCAAAGCUAUUGGAAGAGAGAGCAGCAUCUCCAAUGAUAAAGUGGACUUAACAAAUAAAACAGAAUCCAUCUGCACUAAUUAUCAUACCACUGCUCCAAUGGAAGACACAGAAGCCAAACUUUGCAGUAAUGACAAAGAAGAAGCAUUCAGAAGGGAAUUGCCAUACUGUACAGGAGAAAUUGACUUCAUGGCUUCCGGAAAGAAACGUGGGAAGUUUGUUAAAGUUCCAUGUGCCAUCCAUCCUGGAGUUAUAUUUGAUAUUAUGAUCAACAAAUGGAACCUACCUGCUCCCAACUUGGUUGUCUCCUUAGUUGGAGAAGAAGAAAACUUCCAAAUGAAACCUUGGUUACGGGACACCUUAAGAAAAGGACUUGUAAAGGCCGCAGAAAGCACUGGUGCCUGGAUCUUUACCAGUGCUCUACGUGUUGGAAUAACGAGGCAUAUCGGGCAAGCAGUCCGAGAUCACACACUGGCUAGUACUUCAGCCAGAGUAAGAGUGAUUGCAAUAGGAAUAACUUCACUGGGAAAAAUUCAGCACAGAGAGAUUCUGGACAAUGUGAAGAAUGAAAACCUUGUAUGCUACAAGUCAGAUGAUAAUGGCCAAGGGCCACUGUACUCCCUUGACAACAAUCACUCCCAUUUUAUUUUGGUGGAUCAGAUAAAUCCAGAUGAGCCAGAUGGAACUACUAAACUACGGCUCACCUUGGAGAAACACAUUUCAGAACAGCGCACUGGGUAUGGAGGAACAGGUAGCAUUGAAAUCCCUGUGCUUUGUUUACUGGUAAAUGGAGGACCAAAAACACUUGAGAGAAUUUGCAGGGGCUUGGAAAACUCUGCUCCCUGGCUUAUCUUAGCAGGAUCUGGGGGUACAGCUGACAUCUUAGCUGCAGUAGUGAAUGAGCCACAGCUUAUUGUGCCACAAGUUGUUGAAAAGCAACUUAAAGAGAAAUUCCCUACAGAAAACUUUUUAUCGAAGGACAUUCUCCAUUGGACAGCAACAAUUCAGAACAUUGUUUCCCAGCAGCAUCUUUUAACAGUGCACAGUUUUGAGCAAGAAGGAUCAGAUGAAUUAGACACAGUCAUUUUGAAAGCGUUGGUCAAAGCCUGUAAAAGUCACAGUCAGGAAGCCCAGGAAUACCUGGAUGAACUGAAGCUGGCAGUGGCCUGGAAUAGAGUGGACAUAGCUAAAAGUGAAAUAUUCAAUGGAGAUGUUGAAUGGAAGUCCUGUGACCUAGAGGAAGUGAUGAUGGAUGCUCUGGUGAAUGAUAAGCCAGAAUUUGUAAAGUUAUUUAUCGACAAUGGGGCCAACAUGUAUGACUUCCUGACGUACAGCCGGCUUCAGAGGCUCUACUGCUCCAUCUCUCGGAAAUGCCUCCUCUAUGCACUCCUACAGAAGAAACAUGAGGAAAGCAGGCUGACUCUAGCAGGGAUCACUGGUCAACAACAUAAGGAAAUGAUGGACGUCUGCCCGCUCUUUACCCUCCAUGAAGUUUCUAGAGUGCUCAAGGAUUUUCUUCAUGAUGCAUGUAAAGGUUUUUAUCAAGAGGUCAAGCCAGGAAGCAAGAAGAAAGCUGAUAAAACGAAUGCAAAACGACUACCGGGGCUCCUGGAUAUGAACCAGAAGAGUGAGAAUCCCUGGAGGGAUUUAUUUUUAUGGGCAGUACUUCAAAACCGGCACAAGAUGGCAAACUAUUUCUGGGCUAUGGGACAAGAAGGUGUAGCUGCAGCUCUGGCAGCUUGUAAGAUUCUCAAGGACAUGUCCCGACUGGAAACAGAGGCUGAAGUAGCCCGUAGGAUGAAAGAAGCCAAGUAUGAUCAGCUCGCUCUGGAGCUAUUCAGUGAAUGCUAUCACAACAGUGAGGAACGAGCGUUUGCUUUACUGGUGAGGAAAAACCAAUACUGGAGCAAAACUACCUGUCUCCACUUGGCCACAGAAGCAGAUGCUAAGUCUUUCUUUGCACACGAUGGUGUCCAGGCCUUCUUGACAAAAAUCUGGUGGGGAGACAUGUCAACAAGCACUCCGAUCCUGAAAUUAAUCUGCGGAUUCUGGUGUCCUCUUCUAAUCUACACUAAUCUAAUAGCAUUCAGUGAACAAGUACAAUCAAAGAAUGAGCCAGAGACAUUCAGAGAGCUAGAGAGCCUAGACACAGAAAGGACUUUGCUUUUUUCCAAGGAGGGGGACAGGGUAGAUGCCAAAUUAGAGAAGCGGAGGUCUUCUGAAAACAUAGCAUGGGCAACAUUCAUGUUUACUCGCUGGAAAAAGUUUUGGAAUGCCCCUGUAACAGUAUUUAUGGGGAAUGUUAUCAUGUAUUUUGCUUUUCUGUUUCUAUUUACCUAUGUCUUGUUACUGGAUUUUAAACCACCACCACCUGAGGGGCCUUCUGUUAAGGAGAUUAUACUUUACUUUUGGGUUUUUACAUUGGUCUUGGAAGAAAUCCGACAGAGUUUCUUUACAGAUGAAGACAUGAAUUUAAUUAAGAAAUUUAAACUGUACGUGGAGGAUAACUGGAAUAAGUGUGAUAUGGUGACCAUCUUUCUGUUUAUAAUUGGAGUGACCUGCAGAAUGCUGAACUCAACAUUUCAAGCCGGCCGUACAGUACUUGCAAUUGAUUUCAUGGUGUUCACUCUGAGGCUUAUACAUAUUUUUGCCAUUCACAAGCAACUAGGGCCAAAGAUCAUAAUUGUGGAAAGAAUGAUGAAGGAUGUUUUCUUCUUUCUCUUUUUCCUGAGUGUGUGGCUCAUUGCCUAUGGUGUGACAACUCAAGCCUUACUCCAUCCUGAUGACAGCCGAGUAGAAUGGAUAUUCAGAAGGGUGCUUUAUCGUCCCUACCUUCAGAUAUUUGGGCAGAUUCCACUGGAUGAAAUAGACACAUCUCGCAUGCGUCUUGAGAACUGUACCUCUACCCUGAAGAGUCCGCAGGAAAAUUCACCAUUAUGUUCUAAUACCUAUGCCAAUUGGCUUGUCAUACUUCUGUUGGUCACUUUCUUAUUGGUCACCAAUGUGCUACUUAUGAAUCUCCUGAUUGCUAUGUUCAGUUAUACUUUUCAAGUUGUUCAGGGCAACGCAGACAUCUUCUGGAAAUUUCAGCGUUACAACCUGAUUGUGGAAUACCAUGGUCGUCCAGCGUUGGCACCACCAUUUAUCAUUAUUAGUCACGUGCAUCUGAUUCUCAGAAGAAUCUUCAAAAAGACGGAGCACAAAAAGGAACAUCUGGAAAGAGAUCUGCCAGACUGCCUGGAUCAAAAAAUCAUAACAUGGGAGGUGGUCCAAAAAGAAAAUUAUCUCGCAAACCUGGAACAAAAGAAAAAAGAAAGUAACGAUGAAAGACUAAAGAAAACAUUUAACAAGGUGGACCACCUGUCUAAACAUUUUAGUGGAAUGAAAGAGCAAGAGAAACGGCUUAGAUCUCUGGAAUCACAAGUUAACUACUGUUCAGCUGUUAUUUCUUCAAUGGCAGAUACUUUAAGCAAAAAUAACCUCUUGUGCAAUAGACCAGUUCCAAAAUAUACAAGUUUUAUGAAUACCAGCACAAAUCAAACAAUCCUACCAGAAAGAAGUGAAGGCAAAGAGCAUACAGAAGAGUCUGAAAAUGACAUGAUGUACAUUGAUAAUUAAAUGAAGUUCUCAUUUCCUCAGAUUAGUUUGCCAUUUUGAAGUACUUCUGGGGUGAAAUCCCAACCCCACUGAAGUCAGUGGCAAAACUGCCAUUAAGUUGUAGGGCGAGGACUUCACCAAUGUAUUCGUUAAUCAGAUGUAUUCGUGUAUCAGAUGUCUUCUAUUUCCUUCUCACUGUAUUUAUAUAUGUAGUGAACAGGGCAGUGAGAUUUUUUUCCCCUCUUCAUCCCCUGCCCUUACGCAAAGUGCUUACCUGCUUGUCUACUAUAUUUCUCUUAACCUAUUUACCCACAUUAAGGAAAAGGAGAUCAAUUGCUAGAGGCAAUCACCUGUGAUGUAUAACAUUCUUCUCUGUCCAUGUCAGACUUCCAUCCUCCUUUGCCCUGCAACCGUCUUGCAUGAUUCUCUGGAUCCUGAACAAAGCCGAAGCUAGAUUUUUGCACUGAUCUAGUUUUUCUCAUCCCCAAACUGUUAUACUUUCCAGCAGCUCCUCCUUAUCUUGACUAUGGUAAUUUCCUCCUUUAUGACCUUUCCGUAGUCCUAACUUCUCCCAGAUGCAGAAACUGAAACAUCUUUUGUCCUCAAGUCUUCAUUGGCUUGCUGUCCAUUUCAAAGCCCAAAGCACAUAAUUGUUCUACCUUCACCCUCUCAACUCUAUCCACUAUGCUCCCUGAAUGCCAGACUUCUGCCUGCUGUCUGUGUUGCUUUAAUAGUGGGCAACAGAAACCCUCCCAACAUAGCCCCAGAAGUUGGAACAGCUUCCUUACCUCCAAGAACUCUUCUGACUUUUUUCAUCUUCUUGUCUGAUGCCUCUGAAAAAUCAAAUCCUAGUCCACAGUCAUUUUUCCUAGAAACUAGACCUAUGAACAUUUCACCUUUUGUCUUUUCAUUACAGUAGCUACAAAUAUUACACUUGUAUAUUUGACAUUGACUUUAUUUGCACAUAUAGGCUAACUGGCUGUGAAACCUUGUUAUACUUUUGUACGAGACAGCAUACACAAAUAAACUGAAUUUUACUACUUAAAAGGUUCUCUUCCUGUAAUUUUGUAGGGAUAGUGCCCAACCUUUUGGAUUAAUGUAAAUACACUACUAUUGGCAAAAUGUACCGGACUUCUGGCUUUCUUGGAUGGACAGGCCUCAAUUAAAUUGGAUUUCCUAGAAAAUAUUAUACCUGUAGGCUCCUAUGUAUCAUAAAUGCUGAUCCUGGUAAGUUACACACCUUCCCAGUCAGGUUUCUUGAUCUCAGAAAACCACCACCACACACAAAAAUAAAAAAUAAAAAAAUUGAAGAUCAGGUCACAAUGCCUUUUAUGGAAGCUUUCAAGCAAGAGGUUCUUGUUAACGGAAAUAAAGCUGUUAAGGACUUCCUCCUACUAUAGGAAUUUGCUCAUCUUAUUUUCAAGCCAGCUGUGCCACAUCACUGUGGCCUACACAGGGGAAUAGUUUUGGCAUCCAUGCUACAAUAGUUCAUUCACCUUUAGGUUAGGGACAGAGGUGGAACCAAUGGCUACUGCUUUAGGGACAUUUUGUGUUUAGGAAGUAGUCAGUUUGCCAAAUCAAAACACUUCCUGCCAUUACUGAUGUCAUCAGUGAAUUCAGAUCCUUAUUUGAAAGAAAAAUAUAUGGUGACAACUCUGGAGUUAUACCUCAUCUGAAUUUUUGUAUAUCCCCUUCAAACCAGCAGGAUUUAUGUAUUUAGGUAUGUCCUAUGAAUGUCCAUAGACUCUAAUUGUUCCUCAUUGUUGCUCUCCAAGCCAAUUUGUCCUGGAUAAGGUCAGUUUCACAAGACUGGCACUAUUGCCCCACCCUCUACCCAUUGUACAUUAUUAUUUUUUUCUGGAAGCAACAACCAGAUGCUCUGGACUGCACAAGCAAAAAAGCAGCCAUGGUUCCUGUCCUGCAGCCAAGAAUUUUCUCUCUAGAGAUUUCAAGCACACUAUCAGUAAUAUUCCCAAGUUUGCAUGAGGGUUUAAGCAAUGGAUCUCUAGCUACAAUGAAUGAAUGUAGUGAAAUUGCAGAUUCCAAGGAAAGGAGAGAUGGCCUUUUACUGCCCAGUUAUAAAUAUUACAACUUGGCUAAUUAAUUGCAUAUUAUUAAAUUGUUAAUCUACACUGGCCAUGCUAAAUCAAGCCAAAUUGCCUAAGCAAUAUGCUGUCUUUGCAGUGUUUCUCAAUCUUCUUGAUACCAGGAACUGGCUUGCUGCCUUCCUAAACUGUGGCAGGCAGAUCUCAGGGACUGGACCAGUCAUUAAGAAACAUAGUAUAAAUAUCCAUUCUAAGAAUGUAACCUUUCAACCUGUUUUCCCUCAUCUAACUAAAGGCAUUGUCCGAACUUACUAACCUGCCUCACAAGAAUAUUUGUAUACUGCUAUGUAAAAAUGUAACAUUCAUUGUUGUUGUGUUAAUGAUUCCAUUUGCACUUGUAAAGCUACUGUGGUGUUACAAAAAAACGAAGUAGUAAGACCAAGAGAGGGAAAAAAAGCCCCUCUCUACAUAUUUAGAGUAAAAUCCUCUCAGAUUCUUACCUGAAAUCCCACCUUGCCAAAUGAAACUGUCUCUAUACUUCGCUACUAAUAUUCAUAGUUGUGUUUGAUGCUAAUAUACCUAUAGGUGGAAAACAGACCCAGAAACCAAAUUACAACUACAUGUUUUUAUUGACAUCCAAAGUAUGAAGAGAAUCUCUUAGUACAAGUCCUUCCCUUCCAAUUAGUCCACUUAAGAGUCAAAAUGGAAGCACUGCAACUUAUGGAGGUGAGACAUCAGCACAGCACAUCACUCACACACAAGGUAAAAGCUUGUGGCUGCUUGACCAGUCAGUAAGCUGUCACACAAAUUUCAGUUGUACAUACAGCAUGUUGAGAAGUGGCUGAGGCUUUCACGCAUGUCUUUGCUAAAAUGUUUCCAAAGAUGUUUUGUCUCAACAGGCCUCAUGUUUCUUUUCAACUUUUACCAAAUAAGAUAUGUUAGAAAGUAACCGAGGGAAAAUACUCAGGCUACCUUAAAAACCAUUUAAUUUGCAACUCCUGAUUGUGCCCUCUCAGCUCAUGGUCAGUUACUUACUGUGUUUUUAUUUUCGGUGGCAGUGCGGAAA